AUGGAGCGACCGCACAGCCAGUUCUUAAAUUCUGUAAUUUCAAGCAGCCAUCAAAGUGAUACUUUAAGCCCAUCAAAUAAGAGGAGCUUUGUGCAUUAGUUUUAAGAUAAAUUUGGUGUAGCCUCAAUUGGGGCUCUAUAAGAGUCUGAGAUCAUGAAAUCGAUUCCAAGUCCAAAGGUACAUCAAUCUAACUCAGCUCAGAAAAAUCCACCCACUUAGAAACCAGAAAUCAAAUCUUAAGUGGACAAGAUAAUGUCUACAAAAACUUCACAAAAGGACAGUCAAAAGGACCAUUAUCUGACAAUUAACUCGAAUCAAGAAUCGUACCCUCAGAAAUACUACUCUAAGAAUCCCAAAGAGUGGAAAACAAUGCACAGAUUAUGCAAAAAGCCGCAUCUUCCUUUCUCACAGGAGCAUUAGGGGUAUUAAGAACCAGUUGAAGAGGAAAAGAGUUUCUUUAGUAAAAUGAUGGAAGCUGAAUAAAAACAAAUAAAGGAUCGGGUGUAAUCUGCUUACUCUCGCAAGUCACUCAAUACUUAAUCAAGUGCGAAUAGACACAAGGAAGCCAAGAUACCUAUUGUGCUUAAAAGCAACUAAGAAUCUAAUGAGACUCAUAUCAAGUCAGAGAGUGAUGAUAAUACAUUGUCGAUUAAGUCAACACUAACACUAAGAUAGAACGAGUUAAAAAUAAUAAGGCAUUUUAAGAUAGAUUAUGGGGUGUAUCAGUCACUGAAGAAUGAUGAAGAGAGACGAAAAUUUUUGUUAAAUAAGAUGGAGGAAGAUAUCAAAGAAAAUUUAAAUUAACUAGACCAUAAUAUGCAGCAUAAGUUGUAAAAUUAUGAAUAAAGCCAAAAAGAGAUUAUGGAAUAGACGGUGUAACCGAAGGAUACCUAUCCUUGGCUUGAAGUUAAAACUAGAAAUAAAGAGCUGUAACCUAGACUUAAGCAGAAAUUAAUGGAAACUUAUUAGACUUUGUAAGUUCACGGAGAGUUAAACAAACGAAAUAGCUCCAAAACAGAUCAUCAAGACACUUAGCACAAUGGAUUAUAAAAAUCAAUCUUGAAUCAGUACUAGAUCUUAAAGCCUACUUAUGCUGAACAUGAAUUAUUUGCAGCGAUGGUGGACUCUAUUAAGUUUAUCGUUCCACCACCUCCAAAUCCUCCAAAACCCAAGAAAUUAAAGAGGUCUAUUCUUGAACCAAAACAUCUUAAAAAUGCUAAAUCUGAGAAGGAUCUAAAAAUGCCUGAUAAUAUUACUUCCUAGAUAAGCAAGCAGAUUUUGAUUAGUGGUGCAAAUUUAAGCAUGGCUCUGAAUAAAACUUUCAAGGAUUUUAUCAAAGUUUAUAUGGAUUUACAUGAUGAAUAGCAAACUAAGCUAAACCCUGAAAAAAGUGGAAGAUUCCUAAAUAACAGAUUAGUUUCUAUGGUAAUUUUUUAAGAUAAUAUUUAUGUUUAGAAAGCUUAAAGAAUUGCUUAAAAUACUUUAGCAAAGACUUAAUCAUAACCGAAUAUCCCCAUAGUUAAGAAUUAAAUGCUUUGGGGUGAUGAAUAAUAAAAGUAGUAUCAAGACUACAGAAAAUAGAUGAAAUAGCAUCUUAACAGAGACACUAAUUUAGAAGCAUGGGAUAGAGUAAUGCAAGGUGCAUUUAAUAAGGUAUUUCAUAACUAUGGGUUGAAGUAUUAAAAUGUUGAAGUUGUUUAAAACAUGAAGCAUAUGAACUUUGAUCAGAUUAAUCAGCAUAUAGAUCAAGAGGUCCUUCAUAAAAUUGAGACAGAUUUAGCAGAGAAGAUAAUUGAAGAAUAUGAAAUCUAGAAGGAAGAUAUAAAAAAGGCAAGAUACAAGUACUUAAGAGAUAAAAAUGCUGAACAAAAAGAGAAAAUAUAGCAGCAUAGUCUCGAUGCCUAAAAGUAAAAGGAGAAGCAAGAGAGGAUCAGGGAAAAUCUAAGAUUCGUCAAGAGAAUUAAAAUAAUCCUGAAUGGAGUAGAAAAAAAAUUGAUUGAUAUAAAGGAAAAGAAGCAAACUGUUCAUGACUAGUUGUAUAAAGAUAGACAAAAUUGGGCAAAAAAACUUAAAAAACCUUAAAGUCUUGCCCUCGAUUAAAAAUCAAAUGGCUUCAGAGCGAAUGAAGCAGCAAUGAAUCAAAUGGUAUUCUCAUUUUUCUAGAAUGAAAAUGGAUUAAUCAAACCUUUGAAAUUCAAUCCAGAUCAGCCAGAGGAAUACUUUCACUAAAAAUACACAGGUGGACCAGAUGCAUUGGACAAUCUUAUCAUUAAGAAUAAUAGUCAGAAUAUGCUUGAUGCUAAAUCUACUUUUUACAUGUUAGGAGCCCUAUAAAAUGCGGCUCGAUCUAUAUAAAAAGCCUACAGAAGAUAUAAAUCGAAAAAGGAAUAUUUAAAGUAAAGAGAGUUAGAUGGGUAACAUCGUGGUUUGGUAAAAAAUAAUAAGAAAAAACUUAAAAUGGAGGAGGCUAGAGCUAUUUAGUUGAAUAAUCAAAAGAAUAUGGAUGAAAUGGUAAACUCUUAGUUAGAGGCUAAUGCUAAGAGAUAAAGUGAGAUCUAUGGAGUUAGAAAUUUCUUAAUGACUGAAAGAGAAAAGAGGUAGAAUCAGCUAAAAUUUUAUGCAAAGAAAAAGUUUGAUGAUAUAGAUGAAUAGGAUGAGAGAAAAGACGAUGGGGAUUCAAAGAGUCGAUCUAAUAGUGAAUCAAGUUCAUCCAGCUAGUCUUCAAAGGAAAUAAAUCCUAAGAUAAUUUCAAAGAGAUCAAGUAAUAAAGCAUCUAACAGUAAUAAAACUGAAACAGAAAUAGAAUCUGAAUAAACUCUAACGGAUGAGAGUGAUACUGACAGUAAUUAGUCUGAAACAACAGGUACUGAACGAAGUGUUAAAAUCAAAAAGUAACCCACAAUUAAGAAAAAGAAAAGAAAAGUUGAUAUCAACUUUGAGUUUAAAUCAUUUAGUUUUUUUAUAAAACCUCAACCGAAAGUAGUAUAUAUGCAAAGUGGAGGAUAGGAAAAGAUCUUUGAAAAUCUUAAUGUAAACCAAAAUGAAAAGCUGUAAUUCAAUCCAACUCUAGAGCCUAAUCAUAAAAAGAGAUUCAAAAAGCAUAAUCUUACAGCCAGAUAAGAAAAUGUUAUUAAAUGUGCUAAAAUCAAUAAUGUCACCUAUAUUAUGAAGAACCGAGACAUUCUUACUCAAAAUGAUUUAAAUGCAAGAGAUGAAAAUAAUAAUACAGCAUUAUACUAUGCAGUAUCCAAUUCUUACUUUGAGGUUACAAAGGUACUAUUAGACUUAGGUGCUAGUGUGAAUCUUAAAAAUUCUUUGGGAAAUACAUGCUUGCACAAAGCAUUUAUGUCUAAGAAUAUGCUGAUUAUUAACUUGCUUUUGAGUAAAGAUGCGGAUUUAACCAUAUUAAAUGAUUUCUAGCAGUCUCCAUUGUACUUUGGAACAGCUUAAAUGAUUAAUGAACUUGGAUUGAGCAAAUAUGUGACACAUUAUCUGAAUUAUAAGGACUUUGAGGUAAAUUUCGUUGAGAUUGAUGAAGUCAAGAAAGACAUAGACAAAUAAGAUGUAGUUAACAAAAGAAUGGCACAUAGAAUUAAGUAUACUUGA